UCCAUUUUUCUUCUUUCUCAAACUUACGUUGAUCUUCGAAUACGUGAAAAGAAAAGUGAUGCAUGUAAUGUGCUUUUUAUAAAUUGUGUUAAUUUUCAUCAAAUUUGGAAUGUUUUACAACAAAUGAAACUUUUAUGAACUGUGUGUUUAGUGUAAGUUGCUUCAAGUGUUGGUGGACUUAUCAAAUGAAAUUUGUUUUCGGGUAUGCAGCGAUUAAUCUUCUAUCACGUCUAGAAUUCGGUUAAAUUCAGUUCUUUAGAUUAAUUUUAGCAUGUCUGGAAACUUUUAAUUGACAUCAUAAUGAAUAAUAAGAAUAACGAUCAAGAACCUAUCGCGGAAAAGAUUCAAAACAAUUAUCCUCAGCUAACAUUGCAUUCUUUGACGAAAAGCGCAGAAGUUUCCAGUAACGACUGUGGUUCGAAACCUUCGAGCGUAAUAUCGACCAAGGCUCCCGUUCCAGUUACUACUGCUGCAACGGUUAAUAAAUCUCCGAUUCCUUCUAUUAAGAAAAGUAUUUCACCUGGUAACGAUAGAAAAGUACCGCCCUAUGUGAACGCCUUACCUCAAGAUCCUGUACGUGUGGCUAAAGCUCCUGUGCAAAGACCGUUUGUUAAAGCUGUUCCUAAAGUGACCACCGAAAAAAUAACGGUUACGGCUGAGUCGACUGUUACCAGUAUUCAAACGCCCAAUAAACCAUCGGCUAGUGGCGACGUGAAAAGAACUCAAUAUUCACCUCCCGUUCGCGCGAAUGUUGUCCUAACUACAACCAAACAAACUGAUAAAGCUAUCGUAUCGAGUACAACUACUUCACCCGAAGAAAGUAAACCUAGUAGUAGUAGUGAAAGCGAACCAAAGAGUGCUGAUAAAGCAACUCCAGCGCAACCGAAUCGGUCAGUCCAACUACAAUGUCGGACUACUGAUGGAUUUCAGAAAAACAUAGAAUCGAAUGUUUUAACUGUUACACGAAAUCCGAUGCCGAAAAGUCCAGCUACGAUCAAAAUGAUGCCUGCAAAAGAUACGAAAACUAUGGAAUCUAACGUGGUCGUUAACACGCCGCCCAAGCCUUCUACACCUACAGUUGCACCCAGCACCCCAAAAACCACACCACCUAAACAAACUAUCGUGUCUACAUCCUUAUGUAAAAAUUUCCCCAAAGCUGUUUCGAUUCAGAAUAUAGAUUCUCCGAAACCCGUUGCUCGAUUUAGUUCGCCGAAUAUUAUUUCUAAAACUGAAACGAUUAAUUCGAUGCCUCCGACUACGGAUGCGAAUUUAAAACCUGUGACCAAACUUGUCAUCGUAACAUCUGCAGAUACGUCGGUUAAAACUACAAGUCCGUCGGUUAGCGUGUCUUCGUCUUCGAAAAUUCAAACGUACGAAUCAUCAGCCGUUACGUCGUCUCCUUCGACUAAAGGGAGUAAAUCAAAUCAGUCAUCUAGUAAUCUUAAACUGUUGUCUUUAUCCGAUCUUGAAUCCAAUCAAGAUAUUUUAAAUGCUAUAAAUUCCGGUUCGACGGCCUGUGUCGGAGAAAAUGUGACAAUUUCAUCGGCUCCAGGCGAAGUCGUGCUGAUUUGUCAAAAUGCUAGAUCGUCGGUUGAUCCUAAAAUUCGGAAUGUGUCGAGUGAAACCACCAUUGAAACGAUCACGAUGCAGGUGAAUAAUCCGGGUUCACCGGCUCAGAAAAAUAAAAAUGGUGUUUCGACAGAAAGCGUUUGUCAAUCUUUUAAACAAGAUUCAACUCCCAAUUCAUCAGCUUCGUCUCCUGGUGAGGCUCGUACCCCAAAACGUGAUGAAAUUCCAGGAUUGGCAGACGAAGGAAAAGGCUCAAGCAGUAGUAUGACCUUGAAUAAGAAAAUUGACGAACCCGUAGAAUGUCUAACUAUAUCAUCGGACGAAGAAACCGAACCUGAACAAUUCGUUUCGUCUGAUAACAGUGAUAUAUCUAUUUCACUUCUAAGUAAAGAACCACCGAUUGGAUGCGAUAACGAAGUCUUUAAUGAACAGUUUGAUGACGGUGCACGCGAAAAAGAAGAAGACACGAUGUUAGAGGCAACCACUGGUGAUGGUUUUACGAAUUUGGUUUGCAGAACUGUUCGCAUCGGAUCGUAUAAAGUAAAGCCCAGGACCGGAGUAACCGUAUCGAAAUAUGGAUUAAAAAUCGUAGUUCCUCCAUUAAAUAAUUCCAACGACAGUGUCGCUGUUAAAAUACCUAUUCACGAUAUCACUAAAGUAUUAGUGCAUUACAAUCGAACAUUGCCGGUUAUAUUUUAUUACAUUACGCCGCGAGCUGGCGCUAAAAUCAGACAGGUUUUGAAAAUGAACGAUUCUAGUAAUUCUUAUAUCAAUCCGAAUAGUAUUGAUUACUCUCAACGUCGUAUAACAUUGUUACCAGAAAAAUUCACCGAAGAUGAUAAGGAAGAUAUCCAAAAUUAUUAUCUAAAUCGCGAUGUUUUGGAAGAGCUGAGCUACGUUGAUGCUAAUAAGCUUUUAGUUCAAUCUGUUCCGAAAGAUAUCCAAAAAACCGUCAGAUUACCUCCAAAACCAGUUCAAACUAUUAUGGUAUACCCUCCACCGCCGACCAAAGGUGGUAUUAGCAUUAAUACCGAAGAUUAUUCGUGCCUAGCUGAGGAUACGUACUUGAACGACGUUAUCAUUGAUUUUUAUCUAAAGUAUCUGUAUCAGGAAAAACUAACCGAGGAAGAUAAACAAAAAACGCACAUAUUCAGUUCGUUUUUCUACAAACGAUUAACUGAUAAGGCUACGCCGGUUCCGAGGAUGUUACAAAAUUCCAAACCAAAUGACGUUACCAUUUCAGCGGCUGAAAUAAGACACGACCGAGUCAAGAAAUGGACUAAAAAUAUCGACAUUUUCUCCAAAGAUUAUAUCGUCAUACCUUUAAACGAAAAUCAACAUUGGUUCCUGGCCAUUAUCUGCUUUCCUGGUCUAGCUGGACCGGUUAGAUUUUCCGACAAUAGCCCAAUCGAUGUAGACUCGUCUAACAAAACCGAUGAUGAGAAAGUCGAAAAUUCCAACGCUACAGAAGCGGAAGCGGAUUCUUCGCAAACUAGAAGAAUUGGCUCGACAACCAUCACGCCAAUUGGCAGAAAUUCUUAUACGUUGAAUGACGACGAUGGUGAGAUGGAAGAUCGAGAUGAAGCCUCCGGUGCAGAUGAAGAUGUAGAUGAAUUUUUAAGCAGCGAGGAGGAUACGGAUGAUCCGUAUUCAGACCCUGAACUCGCUGAGCUUGGCGAUAACGAAGCGACACCGAAGAAGAAACCCGAUAGAGAGCCUAUUAAACAACCGUGUAUUUUGAUCUUCGACUCGUUGAAGAGCGCCAGCAGAGCUCGUAUAAUUGCUACGUUACGCGAAUACCUGCACGUCGAGUACAAGACGAAGCAUAAUGGCGAAGAACGUGAUUUUUCUAAAAACGUCGUUAAAGGCGCUUGCCCCAGAGUUCCUCAACAAACGAAUUACACCGAUUGCGGGUUAUACGUAUUACAAUACGUGGAAACGUUUUUCGAUAAAAAAAUCACCGAUUUCCAUAUACCGAUUAAAACGCUGGGUCGUUGGUUCCACGCGGAAACAGUGAGCAUCAAACGUUAUCACAUCCAGCAGCUACUGCUGAAGUUGAUGGAAGAGCAGAAAAUCAACGUGCACGCUUUGCACUUACCAGAAUUGAAUCUAUCGCCACGUUACCAUUACGAGUCCGACUCCGACGACGACGACAUGGACGAUUACGAAGGAUACUACGACGAGGAAGGUGACGAAUACGGACAUCUGGUCAGUUACGACGAAGAAGAAGAAGAAGAAGACGAAAUCGGAGAUCACGAAAACCGAAUGCGUCGAUUUAUGGUAACCGAAGAUGAAUAUAUCGAAGAAGACGAAGAAGACGGCGAAAGUCGGUACGCCUUGUUCGAUGCGGAUGAACAAGAAGAGUCCGACUCGCACGAAGAGCUCAGCGACGACGACGACGCCUAUAAAGACCUAGACGAGUUAGAUAGGGGCGAACGAAUGCCGUCGAGUCGGCAGCGGCGUACGUUGAUCAGCGUGACCAGAGGCGGCGACGGACCCGAUGACGAAGAAAUCCUGCACGAAGAAGAAGAGGAAUACGACGAAGACCUAGACGGCGACGACGAAGAACUUAGAAUAAAUCUGAAUAAAGAAAACGUCACCAUUUCCAGAAUGCCGGCCGGAUCCGGUGUCGGCGUCGGUGCCGGUGCCGGUGUCGCUGCCGUCAAAAGUCAAAGCCAAGGUAGCGAAACUACCAGCGCCUCUACGCUAGAGGAACUGAAAUGCGCCAGACCGUGGUCGAAGAAACUGAAUGAAGUUAGGAUAGAACCAAUCACCGUAGAAGAAUCUGCCAGACCGUCGAAAAAACUCAACGAAGUUAGCAUAGAACGCGCCACCGAAGAAGAUUGCCCAAAUAAGAAAUUCAAAUCGAAUUAAUAAUUUGCGCCUUCUUCUUCACCUUCGCGUUAUUCAUUUUCUUCGUCGCAUGAGCGAGUAAAUUUCUACUCGAAAUGUACUUACGAUUUUGCGAAUUAAAUUCUGGCUACCUGUACCCGAGGUCUCGCAGCAGUUCGACUUCGAAACGGUAUUAUUCAAAGUGAUAUUGGACGGAUUUAGGUAUAAGUGUUUUUUUUCAUUUAUUAUUUUGUUCGGGUCGCGUUCGACUCGUAUAUUAUUUCUGUACAAUUUCCAUUGUUUAUUUUAAAUAUUUUACUUUCCCCUAUUUAUAUUUAAUUUUUUUUUUACUCGUCGAUAGUGUAAUAAAAACUCUAUGAACAGGUUUUUA